AGCCAAAGGUGGAUUUUAAGUGAAACCUAAAAGUUGUAUCUGGACAAAGACAAAGAUCACCUGAUUCCAACAAACAUGGAUGAAAAACCCACUUGUGACCUGUGUGGGAAGACUUUCACCACAGAAAAGUCCUUAAAAAUCCACCACCGAAUCCACACUGGAGAAAGACCAUAUGAGUGUGACCAGUGUGGGAAGACUUUCACCAGAGAACAUUCCUUAAAAGCUCACCAACGAAUCCACACUGGAGAAACACCAUAUGAGUGUGACAAGUGUGGGAAGACUUUGACCACAUCAGCUUCCUUAAAAACCCACCAACGAAUCCACACUGGAGAAAGACCUUAUGUGUGUGGCCAGUGUGGGAAGACUUACUCCCAAAUGUGUAACCUUCAAACACACCUACGCACCCACAGAGGAGAAAGACCAUUUUUCUGUGACCAGUGUGGGAAGACUUUCACCAGAAUGGAUCACCUUAGGAGACACCGACGCAGGCACACUGGAGAAAGACCAUAUGAAUGUGACCAGUGUGGGAAGACUUUCACCAGAUUGAAUCACCUUGUGAGACACCCUACGCAUCCACAAUGGAGAAAGGCCAUAUAACUGUGACCAGUGUGGGAAGACUU